AUGGCCAACCUACAGCGGUACCUCGCCACCUUUUUGGUGGUUCUCACCUUCGCCUUUGUUUACUUUGCUCAGACCGUUGAAGCUCAAAAAGGCCCAAAGAUCACCCACAAGGUCUACUUCGAUAUCGAGCAUGGAGAGGAGCCCCUCGGGCGCAUCGUCAUUGGAUUGUACGGCAAGACUGUGCCAAAGACCGCCGAGAACUUCCGUGCUCUGGCCACUGGCGAAAAGGGCUUUGGAUACGAGGGCUCGGCUUUCCACCGUGUUAUCAAGAACUUCAUGAUCCAGGGAGGUGACUUCACCAAGGGCGAUGGCACGGGCGGAAAGAGCAUCUACGGCAACAAGUUCCAAGACGAGAACUUCAAGUUGAAGCACACCAAGAAGGGACUAUUGUCCAUGGCCAACUCGGGCAAGGAUACCAAUGGCUCUCAAUUCUUCAUCACCACCGUCAUCACCUCCUGGUUGGACGGCAAGCACGUCGUAUUCGGCGAGGUACUCGAGGGUUAUGAUAUCGUCGAGAAGAUCGAGAACUGCCCCAAGGGUUCUGGGGAUAAGCCAAAAGAGACCAUGAAAAUUGCCAAGUCGGGCGAGAUCGAAGUGGCUCCAGAAGUCGAUGGUGACGAUGAGGAUGACAGCCCUGUGAAGGCUGCUGUCACUGAAAUCGCCAAGGUUGCUGCUUCUGUUCCAGUAAUCACUGCAUCUGCCCAGGGUUUGAGCAUGCUUAUGAAGGCCUUCCUCGUCGCUUGUAUCUUGGGUGGCUGUUACAUCUGGGUGCAGGCCCACUCUGCUCGUCGGGCCUCAGGAGUCCCGGCAGGCCGUCAUGGAGCUUACGAGAAGAGCAGUUCUGCUUAG